AUGCUUGGGCCUAUCAGUUUGCCUAUUGCUUACGGUGUCUCUAUAUUCACGCUCUUCGUUUUGUUGGGUCUCUUGGCAUCGGAUUAUCUUACUCCUAAUCUCACCUAUCUUGCUGCUUUAUUUCACUUGGAUGAAAAAAUGGCUGGCAUCACUUUACUAGCCUUGGCCAAUGGAGCACCUGAUAUUUCUUCUACUUACGCUGCUAUGAGGUCAAAUUCAACUUCAUUGGCUAUCGGCGAGUUGCUAGGUUCUGCAAACUUUGAGUUAACUAUGGUCAUUGGUUGUAUGGCAUUGGUGAAGCCAUUCACUGUUCAGUAUAGCAAUGUCUUGAAGGACUUGGUUAUAUUCGCAGUAUUGAUUCUCUUGUCGCUGAUGUUUCUUUCUGAUGGUAAGAUCACUCUUGUUGAGAGUAUUUUAAUGCUAGGUUUAACUUACAAAUUAACUCUUUCUGAUUCGUUGAAGUUUGGGCACUUCUAUUUAUCCAUAUUUGAACCUGUUUCAUCUAUCGCAGGCUUUAUCAGCGUAUUAGAUCUUAUCUCCAAAAGUGCCUUCAUAAUCGUGGCCAUUUUAAAAGAUGUCGCUGCUACUUACAACAUUAAAGAGUCUUUACUUGGAAUAACGGUACUCUCUUUAGGAAACUCCAUCGGUGACUUAAUUACUAACGUUACUCUUGCAUCUUUGGGGCUCUCGUUAACAGGGUUGCAUGCCUGUUUCGGCUCUCCCCUACUCUACAUUUUAUUUGGUGUCGGGUUCAACUCUCUUAUAGUAAGACUGACCAACUCUGGGGAACCAAUACAUUUUGAAAUCGAUUCCAACUUGAAAGUUACAGCUUAUAGUAUAUUAUUCACUCUUCUCUUUUACAUGAUAGCCAUUCCAGCGAUGGGCUGGAAGGUUAAUAGGUUUAUUGGCUCCGUUGUGGUGCUUAUAUGGGUUUCCGUUACGGCGUAUAAUGCGUACAAUGGAUAG